ACGACACUGGUGUCAACAAAACAGUAAAACCUACUGCAACAAUGAAGCUGUACAAAGAUGGCGUCGACAUAAGCGGAAGUGACGUCAAGCUGACUGAUCUUGUUACUAUGACGAUACAGGUCGACGACGAAUACAUAGAGGAUUUCGAUAUAAAAGCCAAGUCAUGCACAGCGAAUUUUAUUGACAUCACACAGGACUUUUGCGCCACAGACACCGGUUUAUUUCCGAACUUUGUCCACGUGACACAAGGUGUUGUGACGUCAACGUUCGGCGCUUUCCGGACCACAGAUCUAGGCGGUGGUUUCGUCGAGAUGGUAUUCACAUGCACAGUACAAGUAUGUCGUGGUCUCUGUACAGAGGAAUUAUGCGGCGGUGAAUCAAGCUGGGGCAGAAAGAAACGUGAAGCAGACGAAGAUGUGGCGUUUGAAGAUCUAAAUGUCGGUACGUCAAUGUCUGUAGGUACGGACAAUGACUUGACACCUACAGACAAAGACGCAGACGAAAGUGUAUGUAUUGCUCACAUACCAUUAAUCCUCGGGUUGCUGGCGAUUUCAUUGGUCCUUUUCACUUCUAUGGGUCUCACCACAUUUGCGACCGGGAAACUAAUGAAGAGGACCGAAGAACUCCGAAAAUUGUCGAGCGAUCACGAAGCCGAGAGACAGAAACUAAAUUCCAAACUUCGAACUGAAAGAAAGCAGUCCAUCUCCGGAAAUGACAUCAGCAGAGAGGCGGUGACCGUAAAAACUUUACAGAGUGCAAAUUGCAAAAUAACUACAAAAAAUACUAUAACAAUCUCCGAAAGGAAUACGUUCAAACCAGAGUCGUCAGUAUCUGUCAACUCUAGCCCUCAUGAGAUAAAUAUCGGUGGUAGUUUAGCCAAGUCUGUAGCAAAAUCUGAAAAGUGUCCUACAGCGAAAAAUUCUAAAACGUUUGAUGGCAUACCGGCGGCCAGUCAAUUACUAGAGCAGAUUUGAAUCACCUUAGAAAAUGCCGAGAUAUGUUGAAAAUAAUAGAAAUGAACGAAAUAAGCAGGAAAAAGUAACAGAUAGUAAAUAUUUUUUAACGUAGAACGCAACCAAGGAAAAUACAAAAUGUAAUUGUAAAGUAUGUUUCUGAAAGGUAAUGAACUGUGCAAUCCUAGCACCGGCUAAAGCGGAAUUCUAUUAUUAUUGUAAAACUGAAUUGACUCCGUGAUCCCACACGACCAUAGAAUAUAAUAACACAGAGGUCAAAGUUUUUGGCGAAAGUUGGUUUGAUGAUUUUAAUAUCUGACAUUAUAUGUCAUUUCUUUAUUCAUAUAUCUAAUGUAUAAUUACUGUCGUCUUGGUCAAACACAGAAAAUUAUUUACUUUAUUAUUUAUAAAUGUAUUUUACAGUCUAACGUGACCACAUGUUACUAUAAUCUAUCAAAUAACUUGAUUAUUGUAAA